AUGUCGGGAGCUAUCUUCACGCCCCUGGAGGGCCUGGGUGCCCUGGACGCGGCGAGCGGCCACCCGCUGGUGUGCCCGCUGUGCCACGCACAGUUCGAGCGCCCCUGCCUGUUGGACUGCUUCCACGACUUUUGCACCGGCUGCCUGCGCGGUCGCGCCACGGACGGCCGCCUCGCCUGCCCGCUGUGCCAACACCAGACGGUGGUGAAGGGCCCCAGCGGGCUCCCUCCGGUGGAUCGGCUGCUGCAGUUCCUGGUGGACAGCUCGGGGGAUGGCUCGGAGGCCGUGCAUUGUGCCAACUGUGACCUGGAGUGCAACAAGCAGGAUGCAGAGACCACGUACUUCUGCAACACGUGUGGGCAGCCGCUGUGCGCUCGCUGCCGCGAUGAAACGCACCGGGCGCGCAUGUUCGCGCGCCACGACAUCGUGGCCCUGGGCCAGCGCAGCCGCGACGUGCUCCAGAAGUGCACGCUGCACGCCGAGCCCUACAUCAUGUUCUCCACCGACAAGAAGUCGCUGCUGUGCAUCCGCUGCUUCCGGGACAUGCAGGGGGAGAGCCGGGCGCACUGCGUGGACCUCGAGUCAGCCUACGUGCAGGGCUGCGAGCGGCUGGAGCAGGCGGUGCUGGCCGUGAAGGCCCUGCAGACAGCCACCCGGGAGGCCAUCGAGCUGCUGCAGGCCAUGGUGGAGGAGGUGCGGCGCAGCGCCGCGGAGGAGGAGGCUGCCAUCCAUGCCCUCUUCGGCAGCAUGCAGGACAGACUGGCGGAGAGGAAAGCGCUGUUGCUGCAGGCUGUGCAGAGCCAAUACGAAGAGAAGGACAAAGCCUUCAAGGAGCAGCUCUCCCACCUGGCCACUCUGUUGCCCACCCUGCAGGUUCACCUGGUCAUCUGCUCUUCCUUCCUCAGCUUGGCCAAUAAGGCUGAGUUCCUGGACCUGGGCUACGAGCUGAUGGAGAGGCUGCAGGCCAUCGUCACCCGUCCCCAGCACCUCCGGCCAGCGCAGGACAGCAAGAUCACUAGCGACCACCACGCGGAGUUUGCGCGCUGCCUGGAGCCACUGCUGCUGCUGGGCCCGCGGAUGACAGCAGGUGCUGGGGCCGGCACCAGCACGCUAGCAGCGGGCUCAGGCCCCAAGGUGCUGAUGGGGCCCAGCUGCCCCUCCCCAGCGGGAAGGAUGUUGGGGUCUCUGGUCCGAAAGCCCACGCCACACCGGUCCAUCAGCACCAAGGUGCUGCUGACGGAGGGGGAGGACACGCCGUUCUCAGAGCACUGCCGCCACUAUGAGGACUCCUACCGGCGCCUGCAGGCAGAGAUGCAGAACCUGAAGGACCAGGUCCAAGAGCUGCACCGGGACCUCACCAAGCACCACUCGCUCAUCAAGGCGGAGAUCAUGGGAGACAUCCUGCGCAAGUCCCUGCAGGUGCACGCGCAGAUCGCCUCUGAGUACGCUUCCCUGCAGGGGAUGAGAGCAGUCUUCCAGGAGAUUUGGGAGGAAUCCUACCAGCGGGUGGCUAACGAGCAGGAGAUUUACGAAGCCCAGCUCCAUGACCUUCUCCAGCUGAAGCAGGAGAAUGCCUACCUGACCACCAUCACCAAGCAGAUCACGCCCUACAUCCGCUCCAUUGCCAAGGUGAAGGAGCGGCUGGAGCCCAGGCUUCAGGCGCCCGCGGACCCACAGUCGGAGCCCCUACAAAACACGCACGAUGACGGCGCCAGUGGAGAGAUACAGGCCAGGAAUGACCUGGUGAGUGUCACAGAGAAGAGAGAGAAAACAUCAGAACCUAGAGGGAGCGGCCAGACUCUGAGCAGUCCCACAGAAGAGCCUCUGCUGAAGAGGAAAGAUGCCCCCAGACCCAGACAGAAGGACGGGGAUGACGUCCCCCCGUGGAGGGAGCGUCCGACUUAGCAAAUGGGACUGGCCCGGAAGGGUGGGCGUUUCACAGCCCACACAUCAAGACUGGCAUAUUUGAGAAAAGGCUGUUCCCUUCAUGAAACAAAGUCAUCACUGACACAGCAGAAAAACCCAGAAACUCUGACAGGCCCUCAUUUCAGAUUCUUUGGCCUUAACUAAGCUUCACUCUUCCCGGUGUCUGCACUGCACUGCAUGAAGCCUGUCCUCCUCAGGAGGCUGGGGACUGGGGAUGGCAUCCCGGGCCACAUGGAGAAGCCCUCGCUGCUCGGGCACCUCCCAGGUGUCUGUGGGCCCAGCGUGCACCACCCCGAACUUGAGAUCGUGGGACUCUGGCACAGGGCAGCACCUGCCCUGCCUCAAACAAAUUCAUUGUCCCUGAGCCACAGCUCCCCGCCAGUAAGCUGUGCCCAGUAGCCCGGGCACAGGCUCAAAAACCGUGGCUCCGGUUUUCUCCUUUCACACAAGGACUGAGCUCACGGAGCAGAGACGCGGCUGGCGGUAUGUGUGGCAGGAGGCAGUCACAACUUCUGUGCCUUUUCCUGCUUUUUCCAGACGACGGUCACUCUCCCGUGUAAAGGAUGACCCCGAAGUGACUUUUCUCCAGUGGUUUCCACUCCUGCAUGGUGCCCUUUCUCUGAGAUGGAA